UAACAUCCAUCUGAUGAUCAAAACUAACACGGUUUCUUCAACUUCUCAAACUUGUCAACCCAACCCACAAAAUCGUGUCUGAAAAUAUUUCUUUUAGAUAUAAACUAAGCCAAUACUUUUGCACGUACUCGCACUUAACAGAAAAGACACGGACUACCCACCAAAUGAAAAGUCUUAAUCUUUAAUACACCAUCAUUUUUAUCUGUUAUCUUUCUUUCCCAUUUUUCAAUUCAGCCGGAUGACCUGCUUUUCCAAAGUUCAGCUCUUUUUCCCAUAAAGAUCACAAUUUCUUCUUCAUUUUCUAACUUGGUAGUAUUAGAUUAAUUAAUUUGUUGAAUUUUUAGUUCAGCUGAAGGUGUUCUAAGUUUUAUUUUACUUGCUUGUCUUUGUCUUAAUUUCAAUUUUUGCAGACUUUUUCUUUGUUGUUGUAGUGAUUUUGCUUUCUUACUGACUCUGUCUUUUAGAUCCAAUCAUUAAAGGGUCAAUGAAUUAGUGAUUUAUUUGAUAAAAUCAGAAAUCUUAUUUGUUUACUGAUUGAGAAUUUUGUUGACCUUUCUUGGGUUUCAUUUUUGCUAAAUGUUUCUUAUUUUUAACUAUAUAUAACCAAGAAUUUCAAGAUUUUGGUAAUCGUCUUGUUUACUGAUCUUUCUUCUUUUCUUAGUAUCACUGGUGAUUUUAUUUAUAAGCGAAGAAAGCUUUCAUUUUGGUAUUCUUUCAUUAGUUUGGAAAUAGUUUAUUUAUAUAUAUUGAGUUUUAGACUGAACUUAAUGUUAGUUGCUAAAGUUAAGAUCAAUUAUGUAUUGUUUUAGUAUAGUCAAUGAGAUUAGAUCUUGAUGUUGGAAUUGAAGGAUCCCUAGAAGUGAUUGACUGCAGAAGAGAUAGAUGGGUAAUACUUGUGUUGGACCAACCAUUUCUAAGAAUGGAUUUUUUCAAUCGGUAUCCGCCGCAAUGUGGCGGUCCCGAUCACCAGAGGGCUCUGUUUCUCAGGCCAACGGAGAAUCUGUCCAUGAUACAACAUCUAAAGAACCUGAAUCACCUUUGCCUGUUCAAAGUAAUCCCCCACAACAAGUAGUGAUACCAAAACCUGAAAAACCAGAGAAACCAGGAAAUCCUGAACAACCCUCGAAACCUAAGAAAGCUCCUCAAAUAAAAAGAGUGGCUAGUGCAGGGCUCAAGGUAGAUUCCGUAUUACAAACUAAAACUGGUAAUUUUAAGGAGUUCUAUAGCUUGGGAAAGAAACUAGGACAGGGGCAAUUUGGGACCACAUUUCUUUGUGUAGAGAAAGCAACGGGAAAAGAGUAUGCUUGCAAAUCGAUUGCAAAGAGAAAAUUGUUAACUGAUGAGGAUGUGGAGGAUGUUAGAAGGGAAAUUCAGAUAAUGCACCAUUUGGCUGGCCAUCCAAAUGUUAUAUCUAUUAAAGGGGCAUAUGAGGAUGCCAUCGCAGUCCAUGUUGUUAUGGAGCUUUGCGCAGGUGGUGAGCUCUUUGAUAGGAUUAUUCAGCGCGGACAUUAUUCAGAAAGGCAGGCAGCUGAGCUCACUAGGACUAUAGUUGGAGUGGUUGAGGCUUGUCAUUCGCUGGGGGUGAUGCAUCGAGACCUUAAGCCGGAGAAUUUUCUUUUUGUCAAUCAAAAAGAGGACUCACUUCUCAAAACAAUUGACUUUGGGCUAUCAAUAUUUUUCAAGCCAGGAGAAAAAUUUAAUGAUGUGGUUGGCAGUCCAUAUUAUGUUGCACCAGAAGUUCUGAGAAAGCGAUAUGGGCCAGAAGCUGAUGUUUGGAGUGCUGGAGUAAUUGUUUACAUUCUAUUAAGUGGGGUUCCUCCAUUUUGGGCCGAGACCGAGCAAGGAAUUUUUGAACAUGUCCUGCAUGGUGAUCUUGACUUUUCAUCAGAUCCUUGGCCUAGUAUCUCAGAAGGAGCCAAGGAUUUGGUGAAGCGAAUGCUUCUGAGAGAUCCAAGAAGGCGGUUAACUGCACAUGAAGUUCUGUGCCACCCUUGGGUGCAGGAAGAUGGUGUAGCUCCUGACAAGCCUAUGGAUUCUGCUGUAUUAAGUCGCAUGAAGCAAUUUUCGGCUAUGAACAAGCUCAAGAAAAUGGCUCUUAGAGUCAUUGCCGAGAGCCUAUCUGAAGAAGAAAUAGCUGGCCUAAAAGAGAUGUUCAAGAUGAUAGAUACUGACAACAGCGGUACAAUCAGUUUUGACGAACUCAAGGCUGGACUGAAAAGGGUUGGAGCUAAUCUCAAGGAAUCUGAAAUUUAUGAUCUGAUGCAAGCAGCGGAUGUAGAUAAUAGUGGAACAAUUGAUUAUGGGGAGUUUAUAGCUGCAACAUUGCAUCUCAACAAAAUUGAGAGAGAGGACCAUCUAUUUGCAGCUUUUUCAUACUUCGAUAAGGAUGGAAGUGGCUAUAUUACUCCAGAUGAGCUUCAACAAGCUUGUGAGGAGUUUGGCUUAGAAGAUUUUCGCUUGGAAGAAAUGAUUAGAGAAGUUGACCAGGAUAAUGAUGGGCUCAUAGAUUACAAUGAGUUUGUGGCAAUGAUGCAAAAAGGGAAUGUUGGAGGUGGUCCUGGUAGGAAGGCCCUAGAAAAUAGUUUCAGCAUUGGGUUUAGAGAGGCUCUGAAACUCUAGUAGUAUUCAUAGCAAUUAUUAGCUUGUUAUUGGUUUCUUUGUUCCCUUUUUCCUUGUGGAAACAACGAAGGUUGUAUAGUAAGAAAGCAGGCAGGGCUUUCAGUUCACACGGAGUAUUUAUUUGAGUUUCCAUUUUGAGUGGGUUUUGCUUCGAAUCCAUCGUGUAACCAGCCAUAUAAUUGGGGAAAAACUUAUUUCUUCAGAACCCAAAACAAUGCUGGUAAAACAUUUUUACCUUACAAAAAGCACCCUUUGUUUUA